ACCUGAACAGCAGAGAGUCCAGUUUUCUCAUCAGUGAAGAACCAAGGUCUGCAAAGCGAUACAAUUUGUUCCUGAGGCGGCGUCUUAUGUUUAAAAAAGAUGAACAAAGCAAAGAUUCUAUCUUCUUCAGAGAUGGGAUUAGGCAAAUUGAUUUUGUGCUUUCCUAUGUUGAUGACAUAAAGAAAGAAGCUGAACUGAAGGCAGAAAGAAGAAAAGAGUUUGAACAAAAUCUCAGAAAAACAGGUCUUGAGUUGGAAAUUGAAGAUAAAAUGAACUCCGAAGAUGGGAAAACUUAUUUUGUCAAGAUCCAUGCCCCUUGGGAGGUAUUAGUUACUUACGCUGAAGUGUUGGGAAUCAAAAUGCCUAUUAAGGAGAGUGAUAUUCCUCGAGCUGACAAAAUCCCUUUUAGCUGUAUGCUUGGGCCUCUGAAGCUCCCAAGGAAUGUGAAGCAUCCUCAUGCUGAAUAUUUCACUGCCCAAUUCACCAGACAUCGGCAGGAGCUCUUCCUCAUUGAAGAUGAGUCAAGCUUCUUUCCAUCCUCAUCAAGAAACAGAAUUGUUUAUUAUAUUCUCUCACGGUGUCCUUUUGGCAUAGAGGAUGGGAAGAAAAGGUUUGGGAUUGAAAGACUGCUAAAUUCUCACACUUAUUCAUCUGCCUUUCCACUCCAUGAU